AUGGCCAAAACCAAGACGAAAGGACACUCGAAACAACAAAAAGACAUCCUCCGCUCUACAACGUCCCCGCUCGUGAAAGGCGGCGUCGUUCCCAAAAAGUCGCACCAGAAAUCGAUCGAGGAGUUGCUGACCGAGGCCGCCGAACUCCUCGAACAGUCUCAGCCGGAACUUGCUCUCCCGCUCGCUGAAGAAGCUCUAAAAAGACUCGAAGAUGAACGCCAACAAGAACAACAUGCUCCGAACAAGGAGGAUCAGAUCGAUAUCGACGACCUACUGUCCCUGGCCGCACAGGGCGUGCCUACCUUACCCUCUGCCCUCACACUGAACGCCGAGAUCCAAGUCGCACUGGGCGAUGUGGACUCUGCACGACGGAAUUUCACGCGCGCGACGCGGAUCGACAAAGACGGGGCCCUGAUCUCGGCGGAACCCUGGCUUUGGCUCGCGCAGCUGUGCGAAGAAGGCGGGGUCGAGAGUAUCAGAUACUUUGAGCAGGCGUGCGAGGUGCUCCGGAACGAGAUCGAGGUCCUGGAAGAGGCGGUCAAUGAGAUGGACACCGGCGGUUCCGGAGCGGACGCGGGGACAAAGAAGGUGCUCGAUGAGAAGAAAUCAAAACUGGCCGAUGCGCUCUGCGCCAUGGCCGAAGUCUACAUGACUGACCUGUCGUGGGAGAGUGACGCGGAGUCACGGUGCGAGACCCUCGUCACGGAGGCCGUCGCCGUAUGUCCCGAACAUCUGAGUGCCGGCGUGCUACAGACAUUGGCGAGUGUGAGGAUCAGUCAGGAACGGAUCGAGGACGCGAGGACGGCGUUGAAGAGGAGUCUCGAUAUCUGGUGGAAAGACAACGCACCCCCACCUGCUUCUGACGACCUCAAGGAGAAAAAACGCAGUGCAGAAGAAGAAGGCAAUGUAGGAGACGACGGACGGAAACCCGACUUCGCGACCCGCGUCUCCCUCAGCCGUUUGUUGAUGGAGGUCCAGCUCGAACAGCUCGCCAUGUCCGUCCUCGAGGGCCUUGUCCGCGAGGACGACCAGAGCGUCGAAUGCUGGUACCUCGGCGGGUGGUGCCAGGUGCUCAUCGCCCAGAAACCGGACACCAGUAAUCCGGAUGUAAAAGCAAAAUGUAACGAGACCGCCAAGCAGUGGCUCGAGAACUGUCUCCGGCUCUACCGUGUUUUGGGGUACGAGGAUGAGCGGCUCAGGGAGCAUGCUGUCGAGUUGGUCGCCGGGUUGAAGAAGGAGUUGGGCGAGAUGGAUGAGGACGACGAGGGCGAUGCUUGGGAGGAUGUCGAUGACCAGGAGGAUGAUGAUGAGGACGAAGACGAUGGGGACCUCGAAAUCGAAGCUGAUGGGGAGGACGAGGCGAGUAGUCAUCCUGGUGCUAAGGCUGGGGAUGGGGAUGUGGAGAUGACCUGA